CCUUCCUCCUUUCACUUUCACCUUUCCACUAAAUCUCUCAUCCUCCAUUUCCUCCCAUUACCCCAAAAUGCAGAGGAGGGCAUUGAAACAGCUCAAUAAAGUUACACAAUGGACGUCGGAGAAGGUGUUCUCCGGUGAGAAGACGCAAUUGUCGUCAGACUUUCUCGAGUUUGAAAAAGAAAUAGAAAUUCGGCGCAUCGGUAUUGAACGACUGCAUGCCACAUCUCUGCCUUUCUAUGAACAGCUCGCAAAGGUCAAGUCUACGGCGGACCCUUACCCACCGCCGGGGUCUGGAAAAGACAAGAUCUCAUAUACCGAGGCUCUUGGUUUAGUGAUGAUUGACUAUGGCGAUGAAAUCGGAGAUGAUUAUGGAGACGCUCUUUCAAAGUAUGGACGGGCUCGAUGUCGACUGGCUUCCGCUCAAGAAGAGUUUGCUUCACGACUUGGUGAUAGUUACAUUGCUGGGAUGGAAUCCGGGCUCGCGGCUGUCAACGAAUACAAAUCACUGAGAAAGAAGCUUGAUUCGAGAAGACUUGCCCUUGAUGCGGCCAUUUCGAAAUCUCAAAACAGUAAGAAGGACACGGGUGUACUGGAAGAGGAGGUUUCUAUCGCCAGAAUUAGAUUUGAAGAGAUAGAAGAAGAAACUCAUUCUAGAAUGGUCAAUAUCCAGGAGGCCGAGGAUGAGCAAUAUGCUCUGUUGACGGACCUUCUCGAGGCAGAAGUCGACUACCACAACAAGUGCAAGGAGAUUUUGGAGGAUUUGCGGAAUUCCUGGGGCACUCACAGUUCUCGUAAACCCCUGAACACUAGAGCUCGCUCCAGCACUGUCACAUCUUCUCGCUCACUUGGACGUACUGUCAUUAGCCGAUCGCAUUCCUCAAAGCACAAUGCAGUUCCUUCUUCUGAGGACGAUGCGCCCAGCAGUCGUUCUCGAUCACAGAGUAACGCAUCUUCUUCUGGUAAAAGCAAGGACAAGAGGUCUAUGAUUCCGUCACUCGGUUCGUUCGGUAGAAAGAGUGGGCUUUCCACCGUCACCAGUUCAAAGAAGAAGGAGAAGAGAGAGAAAUAUAGCGAGAGUAGGACGGCGCUGCAUUCUGAGGAAGAAGAUGAGGAUGAGGGCCUCCGAUGGCCUGCCCCUACCGAUCGUUCCCAGUCCCAAUUAUCAUCUUCCGUAACAUCAUACAAGAGCUCCAGGUAUGACCCCCCGCCCAGCUUGCGCCGCACUGUCACAUCCCCACCCACUCCCGCUGCUCGUUACCCCGACCCGAAUGGGCGUUAUGUAAAGGCUCUCUACGACUACCAAGCCAACGCCAGCGACGAGCUAAGCCUCCGUGUCGGGAUGGUCGUCAAGGUUCAGACGCAGGUUAAUGACGACUGGUGGAUUGGCGAAGGCGAAAUCGAAGGGGAAUUCGGACUUUUCCCUCGUGGAUACACGGAAGAGUACAUCCCCUCUCCCCGAGCUGCCGUUCCAUUUGUACCCUCGCUGCCAACCAGACGGAACGUUCCUCCACCUGUAGGCCAACCUACGACGGCCACCCGCUUGCCUCCUUCUCCCAAUUUGAGUCUCAACUCAGACUUUAGCGAAUCCGAUAAUGGUUUCUACGAUGGCGAUAAUAAUUUUACUGCGAGCCUUGCAGCAUCUCCUCAGCCAACGGCGACUCGUCUUGCUGCUUCUGGAAAGAAAAUGCCUCCCGCCCCUCCGGCUAGCAGGCGUGCUGCGUCGAGCAGUAAUAUUUUGGACUUGAGUAGGGACAUGAGUGAUUCUCACCUCAGCCCUCCUAUCAUCCCCUAUGGGCGUGCUAGAAGUGGAACAACUGGUACAGUAAGGGGGAGCAGUCAUGAAGCCUCCCCAUUCGGGGGAAGUGAGGACGAUGAGACCGAUGACAUUCGCCGAGGGUAUUGAGAUGAUUACAAUGCCCAAAACUCUUGUUGACGUGUUAAAAAUGUAAUGAUAGUCAAAGGUUUAUGAGUAUGGAUGGACAAAAUUGAACUUGUAGCAUGCGUCGAUGACUAUUUAAAUCAC